AUGUUUACAUCGCUCAUCGCAGAGAUUAACGGCGUGGAACCCUCCGUUAUUAAGAAUACAACCCAGGUCAGGUCAGCGACUGCGCGAAAGCGUACCGUCGCGGAGACUACAUCAACUUCGGCGCCAUCACUUCGACAGCGCGCAGUCCCUCGUCACCCGCAACAGCGUCAAGCCAUCGAUCGGUACAGGGCUGUUGCGUACAACCCAUGGAGGGAGCCAAAGCGUCUAGCAAAAUCCUCAUACGAGGUAAUGAAGCAACAAGAGCUUCUCGAGGAAGCGCAGAUUCGAGGGCUUGAGAUCGACAACGGGGAUAAGACACACCUCGUAAAAAUAUUGAUCGUCGACGACGAGGCCUACGCCAAGCUAAUGGAGGUACUUGGUUGCCGCUUCAGAGCCGCCGACUUUGCACAGGGCGAAGUAAAGCUUUACAACCAGGAACUGAAGCGUAAGCGAGCUGAAGCGGAGGCGAAGCAGCAACAAGCGACCCGUGAGAUGCAUAAGAAGGCAAAACGAGAUGCGCACGUCAAAGCCGAGAAGUUGGUAUGGGAGAAAAAGCAGGCUGAGAACAAGGCUGCUAAAGCCAAAGAGCAAGAGCAGCGGAAGCGAAAGAGAAGCGACAACAUCGAUUCUGGUUGCUCUUCUGCCCCUAAGAAAACCAAGUCCAAGCAUGCACCGGCGGUUCCUUUGCGCUCAAGAAAGACUGGCGACAGAAAGUUCGUCAAGAUGAGUGUUGCCAACGACACGAAGGAUGCGCACGACGAUGAAGAGGAUGAAGAUGGACUUGGCGACUUCAUUGUUGACGACCUGCCGCAGAAGCCGAAGCGCAAGAGCGAUGUAGGCGGCAUGGCAAGGAGCAGGUUGAUCGCUGGGUUUUGA